GACAGUCGCGCAGCAAACGCAGUUAGAUUUAGCGCAGGGAAAAACAGAAACACAUUUAGGAAAACGUCUAGCGAUCUGUGACGCUGCGAAAACGCGUUUUCCGUCUGAUGAACCCGCAUGGGUUUGAGCCAGUUUGAGGUGCGCGUGGGCGGUGUCUGAGCAACCCUUGACCGCUCAGUCGGAGUGCGGCUGCCACCUGCCCCUGCCGCGUACCAUGCUGCGCUGGACCCGCCGCAAGCGACAUCACAAUACUUACGUGAAUUUAUAUAAGUGUGGACCUAGCGUCAUGACCCGAGACUAGUGAUUUUGUGUGAGUGUGGACCUAGCGUCAUGACCCGGGACCAUAGCUGUAAUAAGUGAUUCUGUGUGAGUGAAUAGUACCAGAGACAAUCAUGGGUAGUGAGGAGCUGAGUCCGCAGCCGGCUGAGCUGCAAGAACUGCUGCUGGACCACCGCGCACGGCAUACUAUAAUCCCAAACCAAGAGUUGAGCGGCAGCCGCGAGCGCAAGGCGCCGGCGCGGCCCGCGGACCAGGACUUGGUGUCGGCGGCCAUCGGGGACUACGGGAGAUGGCAGCUGCUGAUCACCUUCCUCAUAUCGCUGUUCUCCUUCCCGUGCACCUUCCACAUGUAUAUGAGCAAUUUCACGGUAGCAAAAUCGGAUUACUGGUGCGCCCGUCCCAACAACCUCUCCUCAGUACCAGUCAGCAUAUGGAAACAAUACUCCCAGCCGAACGGCCCAUGCACCAUACGCCAGCUCCCAGACGGCAUAACCGCAGAAGCUAUCUUCAACAACACUGCCCCUGUGUUAGACACGUUUAUGAAGUGCACUAAUUGGGAGUUCGAUAAGUCUGAGAUCUCGUCCACAAUAAUAUCGGAGUGGCUGCUGGUGUGCGAGCGGCAGGGGCUCACGAACCUGGCCGAGGCCAUGUUCCUGUUAGGUGUGGGCCUCGGAGGCGUCAUCGGGGGAUGGGUCUCGGAUAAAUUCGGCCGCAAACGCAUCCUAAUGUUCAUGGUGCUGGCGCAGACGACACUCGCCCUCCUCUCGCUGAUGGUUCGCUCGUACUUCCAGUACGUAGUGCUCCGUCUGUUCGUCGGCUUCGUGUCAGUAUCCGUAGUCUACGCCGCCUUUGUUCUGGCCGUGGAGAUCGUGGGCGGGAAGUGGGUGACCAUAGCCGGCGUGUGCAACUUCUUCCCUCUCCCUCUCGCCUACAUCAUCGUGUCGCUCGUCUCGCUCUUGCUGCCCGACUGGAGAAACCUCACGCUGGCGCUGUCGAUUCCUGGGUGCAGCUUGCUGAUAUUAUGGUUCGUGAUACCAGAGUCUCCUCGCUGGCUCCUAAGCAUGGGCAGGAUAAAAGAAACCAAAGUGAUCCUGCAGAGAGCAGCAAACUUCAACGGUCGAGCUCUUCCCAGCGACAUCGACAAACAGCUCGAGUUGAAAAAAGCCGAAAUUCUUGGUCAGAAUGAGAAUCCAGGAAUCGUAAUGCUCUUCAAGCCGCCCUUACGGAAGAGGACGUUUUGUUUGGCGGUCGCUUGGUUCGCAAUGACGAUUGGAUACUACGGCCUGGUACUAAACAUUGGGAACUUCGACAUCUGGAACGUCCACUCCACGUCGAUAAUCCUAGCCGUGGUUGAAGUGCCAGCGAUUGCGUUGAGCAUCCCAGUUCUCCUAAAAGCUGGGAGAAGAAUCCCGAUAUUCAUCACGAUGGUGGUGUGUGGGCUGGCGUGUCUGGCGACGGAGGUCUUCGCCAUCGCCUACAAGGAGAAAUGGGUGAUGAUUGGUUGCUUGAUGGUGGGGAAGUUCGCCAUCGCUAUGACCAACAUGAUGCUGCCUAUAUUCACGGCGGAGCUGUACCCGACAGUGGUCCGGAACCUGGGCGUCGGCGGGAGCCAAGUGUCAGCGGGGAUGGCCUUGAUUAUUAUACCGUAUCUUUGGAAUUUGACGGCGUUCAGCGCGCACCUGCCCAUGGUGACGAUGGCGGUGCUGAUCGCGCUGGGCGGCGGCGUGGUGCUGCUGCUGCCCGACACCGUGGACCACACAGCCGGCGGUGACGUCAUCGCCGACAAGACGACUACCGAUAACACCGUGGUUCCAAACGGAACGUUCGUCAUAGCCGACUCAAGAAGCCCGUAGAGUGCAUAAACAAAAUAAUGGACAUGGAUAUACGAAUAACACAAUGGUGCAUAAUACAACUGUUAAUAGUGUACCCUGUAGGACCAUCCGUGAACCAAAGGUAACAAUAAAGUCACAGUGUGUGUGUACAUAUAUGACAGUGUUAAAGGAGCUUUAAAGAAGCAAUAAUAUCUGACAAGCCUCGAACAUUCGCCGUUGUGGACAUAAUACAACUGUGUCGUGUACGUUGUAUGGAUAAUGAAAUUAUGUUAUGUGAGUGAGAAAGACUUGGGUCGAGCCGCCAUUCGAGUGUUACCAAAUAAGCUACGCAUAGUUACGCAUAUGGACCGUACAUGUGGAUUUAACAUUAUCAAAUAACGCAUAAAAAUUGUUGCAUCUGAUUUAAUUACUAAAAGGGCUGAUCUUUAGGUAGUCAGAUAAAGUUAGACGAUAUUCUGUUAGAAAGUAACAGCAAGCAAUUUAUUCCUAUGUAACACUUUUAUAUGACUAUUGGAUAAUCAGCCCUGGAUACCAGAAUUUAUAGCUUUAAGUUGAUAUUUAAUUAAACUAGUGAUGUAGUUUUUAAGACACUAGUUAAUAUUGUGUUAAUUUAUGUUUAGAGACAGUGUUAAAAUAUUUUUACUGUAGAUAAUGUCUUCAAACUAUGAUUGUUGUAACCAUCUCUUUAAAUUUGAUAACUC